AUGGGCAGCGUCGAUCUGGAUUAUGGACAAAACGGUGGACAAAAUAACCUUGAGGGGAUUUUAACGGACUGGGGAGAGGAGGGGUGGCCGUUGAAGAGACUAGACAGCAAGCAGAGAAACAACCACCACGACACAGACGUGGAGCAAGGGUAUCUGAAGAGAGGGCCAAAAGAGAAAAGCAAGACGGGAGAGAUGAUGCGAAUGGGAAAUGGAAAGAAAACAGAUGGGAGAGGCGUGGAAGAUUCGAGGGAGGACGGAAGGGCGAGAAAUGGACAAGAGGAGAGAGAGGAAGAGGAGAUGUUUGGGCUGACGGAAGAGGCAAAACCGCAAAUAGACCAGCCAGCCUGA